GCUCGAACGAGUGUUAAUCCUUUUUUCAAUUCUAAUUCACCACAAGCAAUUUAACUAGCUACGGCGCCCUUCAGACUAAACUAAAAGGUGCCGUUUUGGUACCCAUAAUCCAGACGGCAUCCUGUGCAGAGGAGCCUCCCACAGGAUUAAAUCAGUCUUAGAUAUUAUGAGAUGAGACAGAGAGGCAUUAGAUGGGAGUUCAAGAUAAAACGUCCCCCACAGUAAUAAAAUGACCACACAAAUUAUUAAUAAUAAUAAUAAUUAAUAAAUAAGGUUUCAUAUUUAUUCUUCAAAUACAAAUAGGGGACAUGCUUGCAGGUCAUCAGAUAAAAAGUGAUUAUCGCUGACCAAGUUCUAUCGCAAUAUCAGUAAAAUAAUAUCGGAAGGAAGUUUAAAAUCGGUUGUUACAUGUAGUGAAAUAAAAUUCCAUGAAAACUCAAAAUUCACGGCAUCAAUUCAGUUAAUAUUUGAUUUUGUUUAUCUUAUAAUUAUAAAGGAGUACAUAAAUCUUGAUUUGCUGUAGGAAACUUAUCAAGUCAUUAUAAUAUGCGCAGAUAUAAUGGACACGCCUUCGCGGUUUUAUAUAAAUAAAUGUUAGCCACGUGUCUUCACAAUAAUUGCACAUAGACCUUGGUAGUUGUACUACAAAAUACUAACUCUGAGAUUUUUUAAUAAUAAAGAGGGUAGUUAUAAAUAAUUUGCCAACUAGCUCUACGCCGACGCCAUUUGUGGUCUUUUAGGUACGGCAUAAGCUUAGCAUAAGGUUUCUUGACAAAUUCGGUGACGAUACAAUGUUUUUGGUCACGUUUAAGUUUUUGUGGGAAUAUGUUUCUGUCUCCAGUUUAACAGAAAUAUUGUCUUUAACAUCAAUUAUUCUAGCUUCGUUGCUUUUCAUUCACUACCUGUAUCUGGAGAUAAAACUACUGUGGAACCUUCCGCCUGGACCUUGGGGUGUCCCGUUAUUGGGAUGCCUUCCUUGGAUGAGUCAUGGUUCCCCAAAUUCCUGGUUUAAUUCUCUAGCCGAACGUUAUGGGAACAUAUUUUCUCUCAAACUUGGGACCAACUUAAUCAUUUGUGUAUCGUCACCGAAGGCUUUAAGAGAACUCUUCAAUAGAUUGGACUCGACUGCCAGACCGCAUACCCCUCUCAACGGUCUACUUGGUGGUUUUGGAAUAGUUUUAAGUGAAGGCGAGCUGUGGAAGCGUCAACGUCAGUUCCUGACCGAAAAAUUUCGAUUGUUAGGAGUGAAGCUUUGGAAAAACCAGCCGUUCGAAAAAUAUAUAAUUACCGAGGUACAAGAGCUUUUGAAGAAGAUAGAUAAUAGCAAAGAUAUACCUUUAGAUCCUAUGGUAGUGCUGGGAAGACAUGUUCACAAUGUUAUCUGCGAGUUAAUGAUGAGCUUCCGUUUCGAAGAAGGUGAUCCGAACUUUGCUCUUUUUAAUGAACGAAUCUCGAGAGGUAUGGAGCUGUAUGGUUCGGUUCAUGUUGGAGAACAUUUGGCAUGCUACCUGAAACUGCCCGGUAAAAUGGCGGUCAUAAAAGAAAUAAAAAAAAAUCUUACCGACAUUAGUAAAUUUCACGAAGACCACUUACGAGCCAGAUUGGAGAAACAAUUGAAGUCAUAUCGAUAUUUUGACGAAGACAUUUUCAACUUUUACAUUAAACAAUUACAUGAUGAGUAUCCAGCUGAAGAAUUACCAAAUCUUCUAGCUAAAAAAACUGAUAUUUGCACGCUCGAGGAUAACAUUGCGGACGAUUUGCAACCUGAACAAAACCCAUUUACGAACGAUAAAGUGAAGGAUCUUUUGCAUUGUUUUCUUGAACAAAUUCAGAACGAGAAAAAGGAUAAUGAUGCUCCUUCUAUAUUUGUGAAUAAAAAUAAAGUGAAGCAAGUCGUUCAAGUAAUGAAUGACUUAUUCUCAGCCGGAAUGGAAACCUCGAGAACCUCUAUUGUCUGGAUAUUGAUAAUGAUGCUAAGGGAGCCCAAGGUCGCUGAAAAAGUGCGAUCUGACUUAGCUGAAGUUGUGGGAACAGGAGAACUGGUUACUUUGGAACAUCGUUUGGAUUUGCCAUAUGUUGAGGCCGUUAUUUAUGAAACUCUGCGUCGCGUUUCGGUAGUGCCUCUCGGCACAACACACGUUAAUUUAAAUGAUUGGAAGAUACAAGGUUUCACUAUUCCAUCCGGCUCAUCAAUUAUCCCGCUGCUUAACAAAAUAAAUAUGGACCCAAAUUAUUUUCCGGAUCCUGAAAAAUUUUUACCAGAAAGAUUCCUUUUAGAUGGGAAGUUGUUUGUACCAGAUUAUUUCAUGCCCUUUGGGGUGGGCCGCCGUGUAUGUUUGGGAGAGCAGCUAGCAAGAAUGGAGCUUUUCCUGUUUUUUGCUAACUUAAUGAAUUAUUACGAAUUUGCGUUGCCUGAAGGUGAAAGUAUGCCGAGCCUAGAAGGAUCUUUUGGUACGACGCACGCGGCACACCCUUACACGCUGGUUUUUAGAAAGUUGGUUGCGUAAAUUUGCAGCGGUUGCACAAUUUAGUGCACAAGUUUUGAUUAUUCUUUUACUUUAAUUUUUUUGUCUUUUAUUAUAAUUUUUUAAUUUUUAAUUUUGAUGACAUUUGCUUAUUUCUAUUAUUUUUUUGUACUUUGGUAUAUUUGAAUUUAUUGUAAUUUGACUUAAUGAUUGUAUUAUUAAUUUUAAGAUGACUUGUCACCCCGCAUACUAAUGACGACAAUAUUAAUGAAUGAUGACUUAUUAAAUUACAAAUUAACAUUUAGUAUUAUAGAAUUAAAAGAGAAAAGUACCACCAACACUGUUGUAGAACUAAUACUUUGUGUCUAUGUUUGUAAUUCUUAAUUUCAUCUGUUACUGUAAAUUUGAAGUGAAAAACAGACGAUCCUCACUUACGCAAAAGCUGAUAUAUUAUUUUAAUAUUAAAAUAUUUUCUAAGGAACGUUUUUCUAAUAAAAUGUAAAUUUUAUUAUUAUCGCAAGUUACUGUUAGUAAAUAAUUAUUAUUAACUUGUAUUGUUCUUUAAUGUAAAAAACUCCAUGCUUUGGUGAUUUUAUAUUGUAAUUGAAAAUUUCUUGACAUGUUUUUGCUUUGUUAUUGUUUGUCGUCACUGCGUGGGUUUUAAGUGUUUAUAAUCUUAGCUAUAAUAUUUUUUUAAUCUUAAUUUAAUUCAAAGCCACUAUCGCACUGGGUGGCAUUCUAAUUAUUAUAAUAUUUUUCGUACUUAUUUCAAUUGUAUUGACUUAUGUUCCUCUUUGGACUUCUACCGUACUGAUCGGUAUAUUUUUGUAAUCGUAUUUUAAUAAAAUGUAUUUUGGAUAAUAAAUUUUCUU